CGGUGUGAGCGCUGUGUGUUGCCGCUACACCGAGUAGAGAGGGCCACCGCUGCAACACAGAGCGGGACACACAGACAGACAGCCUCCAUGAGGGACCGUCUGCUGCAAGAAUAAAAACUGUUACGAGGAAUAACCAGGGGAAGACUACACACAGAGGUUUUUGGAGGGUUUGCAUGCGGGUGAAAUUCUGCUCCUGAAAUGUAGCCAGCAGCAGCAGCAGCAGCAGCGCGAGUGCGGCUCGUUGUAAUCGCUCGGUAGCCGCUGCAUGGCUCUUCACGGGGAUGCCAUGAAAAUCAGAAGAGCCGACUGAGAGACCGCUGCUCCUCCUCGCUAUCACAGACACGGUGGCGGCGGUGAGCGAUGAUGGAUACCGGUGGAAAGAUCCACGUUAGGUAGCGGUUACGCAGACCCGAGGAGAGCUGAACGUCUCUGUCACAGUUUAGUCUCAAGGAUGGAUUUCACCCAGCUCCGGAACAUCAUCAGCAGAUACUGUGUGGGGGAGGAGAUCUGGGUGGACAGUCGGACGGUGUACAUCGGGCAUAAAGAACCUCCUCCGGGAGCUGAGGCCUACAUCCCUCAGCGUUACCCCGACAACCGCAUCGUCUCCUCCAAGUAUACCUCUUGGAACUUCAUCCCCAAGAAUUUGUUUGAGCAGUUCAGAAGAAUCGCCAACUUCUACUUCUUGGUCAUAUUUCUGGUCCAGCUUAUCAUCGACACCCCCACCAGCCCAGUCACCAGCGGCCUGCCCCUCUUCUUUGUUAUCACUGUCACUGCAAUAAAACAGGGCUACGAGGACUGGCUCAGACACAAGGCUGACUGCUCUAUAAACGAGUGUCCGGUGGACGUGGUGCAGCAAGGGAAGGUGGUGAGGACACAGAGUCACAAGCUACGGGUGGGGGACAUCGUCGUGGUGAGGGAGGACGAGACUUUCCCCUGUGACCUCAUCCUGCUCUCCUCCAGCCGCCACGAUGGCACCUGCUACGUCACCACUGCCAGCCUGGACGGGGAGUCCAGUCACAAGACCUAUUAUGCUGUACAAGAUACCCUGGCCUUUAGAACGGAGCAGGAGGUGGAUUCACUACAUGCCACUAUUGAAUGUGAACAACCACAGCCUGACCUCUACAAAUUUGUUGGACGCAUCAAUAUUUACAUGGACAAACAAGAACCUGUGGCUAGACCACUUGGGGCUGAAAAUUUGCUCCUUAGAGGAGCCACACUGAAGAACACACAACAUAUUUAUGCUGUCGCGGUCUACACUGGUAUGGAGACUAAGAUGGCGCUUAAUUAUCAGUCUAAAUCUCAGAAGCGUUCCGCUGUUGAAAAGUCGAUGAACGCCUUCCUGAUAGUGUAUCUGUGCAUUUUGAUCAGUAAAGCGGUGAUCAACACCGUUCUGAAAUACGCUUGGCAGUGGUCUCCAGACCGAGACGAGCCCUGGUACAACCACAGGACGGAGAACGAGCGCCAGCGCCACGUGGUGAUCCGAGCAUUCACAGACUUCCUGGCCUUCAUGGUCUUAUUUAAUUACAUCAUCCCAGUGUCCAUGUACGUGACGGUGGAGAUGCAGAAAUUCCUGGGCUCCUAUUUCAUCACCUGGGAUGAGGACAUGUUCGACGAAGAGCUGGGAGAGGGCGCUCAGGUCAACACGUCUGACCUGAAUGAAGAGCUUGGACAGGUGGAGUACGUGUUUACUGAUAAGACGGGCACCCUCACUGAGAACAACAUGGAGUUUAUCGAAUGCUGCGUCGAUGGGAACGUCUACAUCCCGCAUGCCAUCUGCAACGGCCAAAUCCUCAGCGCCGCCUCCAGUAUAGACAUGAUUGACUCCUCGCCCGGAGGAUACAGGAGGGAACACGAGGAUCUGUUUUUCCGGGCGCUGUGUCUGUGUCACACGGUGCAAGUGAAGGAGGAGGAGACGGUGGACGGCAUCAAGAGGGGCAUCCACCAGGGCAGGCCCACCUCCUUCUACAUCUCCUCCUCACCGGAUGAGGUGGCUUUGGUGGAGGGAAUGAAAAGGCUGGGUUACACCUAUCUGAGACUGAAAGACAACUACAUGGAGAUCCUCAACAAAGACGAUGAGAUUGAAAGAUUUGAGCUGCUCCAUGUGCUGAACUUUGACUCCGUCAGGAGGAGAAUGAGCGUCAUAGUCCGGUCAAGCUCAGGAGAAUACCUGCUGUUCUGUAAGGGGGCAGACAUGUCCAUUUUUCCUCGGGUCGUGUCUGGGAAGGUGGAGCAGGUGAAAGCCCGGGUGGAGCAAAACGCUGUAGAGGGGCUGCGGACUCUGUGUGUCGCUUAUCGAAAGCUGUCAGCGUCCGAAUACGAGGAGGCGUGUCAUCACCUGAACGAAGCCAAGCUGGCCCUGCAGGACAGGGAGCAGAGGCUGGCGCAGGCCUAUGACACCAUUGAGAAGGACUUUGUGCUUUUGGGCGCUACAGCAGUGGAGGACAGGCUCCAGGAGAAAGCUGCAGACACCAUUGAGUCACUGCACAAGGCCGGGAUGAAAGUUUGGGUCCUGACGGGGGACAAGAUGGAGACGGCGGCGGCUACCUGCUACGCCAGCAAGCUGUUCCGUCGCACCACCCAGAUCCUUGAGCUGACCAAGAAACGUACAGAAGAGCAGAGUCUGCACGACGUUCUGUUCGAACUGAACAGGACUGUUCUCAGACAGCGCUCUAUGUCUGGGUUGUCAGUAGACUGCCUCGACUUUGGUCUGAUCAUCGACGGGGCCACUCUGUCUGCAGUACUGAAGCCCAACCCAGAGGGCGCCAGUUCUGGCAACUACAGAGAGAUCUUUCUAGACAUCUGUCGCAAUUGUAGCGCCGUGCUCUGCUGUCGCAUGGCACCGCUCCAGAAAGCCCAGAUUGUGAAGCUAAUUAAAGCCUCCAAGGAGCACCCCAUAACUCUCGCCAUCGGCGACGGGGCCAACGAUGUCAGCAUGAUCUUGGAAGCACACGUGGGCAUUGGCAUCAUGGGUAAAGAGGGCCGACAGGCGGCGAGGAACAGCGACUACGCCAUCCCGAAGUUCAAACACCUGAAGAAGAUGCUGCUCGUUCACGGCCACUACUAUUACAUCCGGAUUGCCGAACUUGUUCAGUACUUCUUCUACAAGAAUGUAUGCUUCAUCUUCCCUCAGUUCCUGUACCAGUUCUUCUGUGGGUUCUCCCAACAGCCUCUGUAUGACACCGCCUAUUUGACGUUGUACAACAUCAGCUUCACCUCACUCCCCAUCCUCCUCUACAGCCUGGUUGAGCAGCACGUCACCAUUGAUACGCUCAAGAGGGACCCCUCCUUGUACAGGGACAUAGCAAAGAACUCCCUCCUCCGCUGGCCCGUCUUCCUCUAUUGGACGUGCCUGGGUGUGUUUGACGCUGUUAUCUUCUUCUUUGGUGCCUAUUUCCUGUUUGACAACACCACCUUCACCAGCAAUGGCCAGCUUAUGACCACCAACACACAGAUGAUGUUUGGGAACUGGACCUUCGGGACUCUCGUCUUUACUGUGCUGGUGUUCACCGUUACGCUCAAGCUUGCCUUGGACACACACCACUGGACCUGGAUCAAUCAUUUUGUCAUCUGGGGGUCGCUACUUUUCUACGUUAUUUUCUCUCUUCUCUGGGGAGGCAUCAUUUGGCCCUUCCUGAACUACCAGCGGAUGUACUACGUGUUCAUGCAGAUGCUGUCCAGCGGUCCGGCCUGGCUCAGCAUCAUCCUGCUCAUUACGGUCAGCUUGCUGCCUGAUGUCAUCAAGAAGGUCCUCUGCAGGACCAUGUGUCCCACGGCCACCGAACGUGCACAGGAUCACGAGAAGCUGUCGCGGGGUCGCGUGGCCGAGUCGACUCCACUGUCCUCUCGUCGGUCCUGCAAAGGCACGAGCGCGGACUCCUCUCACCUCCACCUCGGCGCCGCGGAGACGCUGUCGCUCAGCAGGUCUGAUCCCCUUCCCCAGAAACUGCUGGUCCACUUGGCAGAAGGUGGAGGGGCGGACUUGUGCUCUCUCAGCCCCUAUGUGCUCCGUCUCUCCGGGGCGGGAUUUGCCUACUACGCUCCAGGGCCGGAGACCUCCGUGUGAACACAGAACACAGGCUCUGAAACUAUGCGGAUGUCGUGGGCUGAAACAUAAAGUGCAUCCCGAGGAUGUGCGAGCAAGAUCUGCAUCUCAAGGAUCAAGGAUUUAUAGAGCAAAAUACAAACACACAUCCACCUCCAUGCUGAGUUCACCAUGUGCAUUUUUCUGGGCUACACCUGAGUGAACAACCCUUUAGAUAUUAUAGCCCUGACGCCUCAUCUUCAUACUUUAAUAACAUCUUUUUGAAUCAGUGUCGUCCUUGUCUUAGUCUCAUUAAAGUUCCUACCAAACUCUUA